AUGUAAGAGUUAGAUUUCUUAAGGAUUCAAAGAGAAAGUUAGAAAUUUUUAGAGAUCGAUAAUAUCUAUAACAGAUUGGCAUCUAAUUUUGUAGAAAAAAUAUUUAGUUUAUUCAAAGAGAUUUUCCAAUAAGAACAUACAUACACGAUCUAAGUGAGUUAAACUUAACAUUAUAGGAAUUGUUGAAAUUAGCAAUCUAAAAAGAGAUACCAUUAAAAGAUUUUAAAUUAGCAGAACAUUACAAAUUGAAUUCAAAUAUUUUUAAAGCUAAUUUAUAAAUGAUUGUCAAUGUAAUAAUCGAUGACAUUUGGAGUGCAUACAAUAAACAAAUUGUAUUAGAUGAAAAGAGUAUAGCAGAACCAAGACAAUUAACUUAAAUAGAUGAAGAAUCAGCUAUUGAGUAAUGUUAAAGUUUAAGUGAAACUUCUAUUAUUAAAGAUAAAAAAGAGAUUGAAAUCUAAAAGUAAGUUCAUUCUGCUAGAUCUCCACUUGCAAAAUUGUUAGCUGGUGAUAAAUCUCCUUAAAUUAUAUCAAUUGCUAGUUCUCCUAGACAUUCUCGUGAUAACAGUUAAAAUAUGCUUAUAAAACAACAAAAAUAAGUUAUUUAAAAUUCUAAAAAGAAAAAUUCAUCUUUAAUUAAAAAUAAAAGCAUGGAUCUUAAAAAUUUAGUUGCUGAAGGAAUUCUUUAACCAAGAUCAAAUAAUCGAUAAUAAAUGAGUUUAAGUAAUUUACAUCUUUUGAUGUAGAAAAUGCAAGGUUAAAAAGAGAAUUUAAAAUGAUUUAUAAUUCAUUAACAUUAUAAUAAAUAUUUUUAAACUAAAUAAAAAUGGAUCAAGAUUUGAAUCAAAAUUUAAUUAAGUUAGGAUUACUUUUGAGAUAAUAGAAUGUUAAAAAACCUAUUUACAAUCCUUCAAAAUAGUCAAACUUACAAUUAUUGUUAGCAAGAUCGAUAAGUAUUAGUACUGAAUCAUCAUCCAGAAUGAUUUAAAUGAAAUCUAAUUUUAAUACAUAAAAUACUAGUAAAGCACAAUAUAAACCAAAAGAAAAGUAACACCUUAUUUUAUUAUGAUAUCCAGAUAUUUUGUCAGUAGAAGAACGUCAUUGGCAAAAUAAUUAAAAACUUGUGAUUCGUAUUUAUAAAAACGCAAAAUUGAAAGUCAAUUCAUGAAAACUGAUAAUCUAUGUGGGUUAAAAAAGGUAUUCGAAAUUGGAAAGACCGUUCUUUUUUGA